AUGCACUGUAUGACCGGUGUUAUGAACAAAAUUUUGAACGAGAUUAAGGAGGUAUCUCCGGAAAUGAAGGAUAAGAUCGCCGCCGCCUUGAAGAAAAUGAGGAUUCGCUACGAUUAUAAAGAAGAAUUAACCGGAAAGGACGGACGGAAAUGGGCUGAAUGUAUCGAAAGAUUCUUCGAACUCUGCGACCUAUCUGAAGAAGAACAGGAACGUAUCUCCCACCUCAAAAAAUCUAUAACGCUGUUUUCGGCCUUUCAAAUUUUAUAA